GUGCGUUGUCUGUGAAUGAAGCCAGCCGGCUAUCAGACUGAUAUAUGGCCGCCAUGGGGAGACUCUUGCGUGGACGUACAAGGAUACAUACUUUGAUCGAAACUCGACAGAGUCUCAUCCAUCAGUCAGUCACUCAUGUGUCUGUCUGACAGCACCAAGUGGAGUAGCUCUGCCACCAGCCGCACAUUCACCGCGUUGCCGAUCAUCCCAAUCUGCUGACGAACAGACAGCGACCCAUCAGCAGGAAACGAAAACCAUGGAGGAAAACCCAUCAAGUUCAGCAUCUCGCGAGGGGAGAAGUAACGCAACACCGACGUCGAAGGGUCCAGAUAGUCUCUCAGCUCCUUUCGGGGCCGCCUGCCGUCCACCCAACAGUUCGCUGAUGGCUCAGCAUCGACAUGUUCGACUGGCUGGCGCGCUUCUCGCGAGCAAACGAGCUGCGGGAGACAGAACUGCCUGUGCAGCUGCUGUGCAGUGGGCUCAACGAGCAGGCAGCUGCCGGCUCUUUCUGCGUAUCUGCCAUAGCUCUUGGUGAAGCAGUUGGAAUAGAUGGACGACGGCACCACCACAUCGAUGUACGGCCAGGCCUUCCGCUUCAUAUCGUCACUGACCAGCAGCUGCCGGUAGAGACCCCUGCACAACACAAAACACACAGCAGGUGCACACGAAGUGUUCACUUUUCUGCAUUCCGCGUCGUCGUCGUGUCAUUUUCCUUACAUGUUGCUUCCAUCCCCACCGAGCGGUGCCAUUGGCGGCAGGUCGCGCUGGAGGAACUCAGCCAGCGGCCGUAUCCCCCCACACCAGUGCUCCUCACGCCCAGGAAUGAAGCUCAGCGGACCUUGAAUGCAGUUACCUCCGCCGGCCGCCUUUCUCGCUGUGAGGAAGUACCUGGUGCGGAAGUUGGGGAUGCCAAAAUGCAUGGGAGAGAGAAGGAACUCGUGCAGGUGGUAGCCACUCUGUCGCAGCACCAGACAUAGCUCAUCGCGGGCGUCAGACAUCUCAAAGCCCUGAACGUUCUCAAGCAGCAGGAAGGACGGCUGGGCGGCUGCUGGGAGGCGGGAGAGCACCCUGAUGAUGUGGAACAGGCUCUGUGCUCGCGCGUCGGUGUGGCCCCUCCGUGUGCCUGGCUGCCGUGUGUAUGGCCUGGAAGGAAGAGAAGACGCGUGCGGUCUCACCAGUCAACAGAAGGCACAUUCAUCUUCUAUGUUUUCACUCACUGGCAGGGGGGCGACAUGAGCCACAUGUCAGCAUUGAGGCUCUGCAUCUCUGCCGCAGUGAACAGCUCCGCAUUGCCUUGGCGGACCUUGGUGUCGGGGAAGUUGUGCGCAUAUACCUGGUUCACCUCCUGGUUGUUGUCCAAUGCAAGGACGACAGCGAACUGCAGCUCCUGCCUCUGCCGGCUCACCAGAUCAAGAGCCGCGUGCCAGCCACCGACUGCAGCAGACACACGCAGACGCCACAGCAAGAAUGACAGAGAUCUUUCAAGAUCUACUUACUUCCAGAGAAGAGCUCACACACUCGCAGUAGAACUCCACCAUCAGAACUCUCUGCGAGCCCUCCCAU